GACAUUAAGUUUUGACUUUUACAAAUGUCAAAUAGAAAGAUAAUUGAUUAAGAAAUUAAGCCAAAAGUAUCUGCAAUUUUCAGUUUAAAUUAAUAAUAUAAGCGGAGAAUAUUGCAGCAACUAAUGAAAUGGCUACAUCUAGUGAUACAUCGGAUCAAAACGUGAAAUCAAGACGCCCAGCUGAAUCAGCGUUUAAACAACAACGUUUGCCUGCAUGGCAGCCUAUUUUAACUGCAGGAACUGUUUUGCCGACGUUUUUCGUAAUUGGAAUAGCUUUUAUUCCAGUAGGAAUUGGAUUACUAUACUUUUCUGAUGAGGUGAAAGAACAUGUAAUAGAUUACACAAAAUGCAUGAAAUUGAAUGAAAACAUAACUUGUGCUGAAUAUAUAAAGAAGAAUGAUAUGGACUCAUGUAUAUGUCAAAUUAAUUUCAAUUUGACUGAGGACUUCAAGAGGGAUGUCUAUUUUUACUAUGGUCUUAGCAACUAUUACCAGAAUCACAGGAGAUAUGUUAAAUCCAGGGAUGACAGUCAACUCCGUGGACAACUAUCGUUGACACCAUCAUCAGACUGCGAUCCAUUUGGCUAUGCUGAAGAAGAUGGCAAGUUGAAACCUGUUGCUCCAUGUGGCGCUAUAGCUAAUUCCAUGUUUAAUGAUACCUUGAUGGUGCGUUCUCUGGAUUGGGACAUUGAAGUACCAGUGUUACGGACAGGUAUCGCUUGGACAUCCGACAAAGAUAUCAAGUUCCGUAAUCCACCUGGAGAUUUGAAAACUGCAUUUGCAAACUUCACAAAACCCGUUAACUGGAGACGUCCGGUGUGGCAAUUGGAUCUUAAUAAUACUGAUAACAAUGGUUUUCAGAAUGAAGACUUAAUAGUAUGGAUGCGAACGGCCGCGUUACCUACGUUUAGGAAGUUAUACCGACGUGUAGAUCAUUCUCAGUACGGCUUCAGUACCGGACUUGUUAAAGGACCAUAUCUAUUGCGAGUUGAAUAUAAUUACCCUGUGACAGACUUCGAUGGCACUAAAUCGUUUAUAAUAUCUACUACUUCGUUACUUGGUGGCAAGAAUCCAUUCCUCGGUGUGGCAUAUGUCGUGGUUGGCACACUAUGCCUACUGCUUGGCAUAGUACUCCUUGUUAUCCAUGUUAGAUGCUCUCGAAGAUACCCACCUCCUAUCGCUCAUACGUAUUUUGUGGACGAACAGACAACCUCACACAAUGUUAAUGAGUAUUCCACAACUGAGAUGAUCAACGUCAAUCCUCGUACACCGUACUCUUAAGGAUACUCCGAAAUAUUUACAGUAUUAUGCUGGAUUUAAAUUUUUAUUUGGUUUUAU